AUGGUGGUGCAGACGGACGGCAGCCAAGGGGGCUCGGGGGCUGCAUCCAGGGAGGGGCUUGACCCAGGGUCCCACCAUGGACUGCCAACCGAUGCUCAGGAGGAUGGCUGUGACCAGCCGCUGGCGUCCACACUGCCUGCCUCCUCCUUCAGCGGCUCCUCCGAGCUGUCCCGCAGCCACAGCCCCGGGUUUGCGAGACUGAACCGCAGAGACGGAGCUGGGGGCUGGACACCACACGUGUCAAGCAGGGGCCAGUGGCUGCAGCUCGACCUCGGGGACAGGGUGUCGGUCACCGCGGUGGCCACGCAGGGCGGGUACGGGAGCUCCGACUGGGUGACCGGCUACCUCCUGAUGUUCAGCGACAGCAGCAGGAACUGGAAGGUGUACCGGCGCGAGGAGAGCAUCGCGGGCUUUCCAGGGAACAGCAACGCAGACAGUGUGGUGCGCCACCAGCUGCAGCCGCCCGUGGAGGCCAGAUACCUGCGCUUCCUCCCCUCCGCCUGGAACCCCGAUGGCCGCAUCGGGAUGCGCGUGGAGGUGUACGGAUGCCCAUUCCGAUCAGAGGUGAUUGACUUUGAUGGAAAAAGUUCCCUGCUUUACAGAUUUGUUCAAAGUACCAGGAGUCCAGCGAAAGACAUCAUUUCUUUGAAAUUUAAAACCAUGCAGAGUUAUGGGCUUCUAUUCCACAGACGGGGCAGAAAUGGAGAUUGCAUCACCCUGGAAUUAGUGAAAGGGAGGCUCCUUCUGUUCUUCAAUUCAGGCACCACCGCACCCUCCCCGUCCGGCCCCGGGGUUGUGGCGCUGGGCAGUCUGCUGGACGACCAGCACUGGCACUCGGUGCUCUUUGAGCAUGCCCACCAGCAUGUGAUCCUCUCAGUGGACCAGCACUCGAGGCAGCUCCAGGCACGGGCACAGCUGAGUCACUUGGACCUGGAUCCUGAGGGCAAUGCCUCCUUCUCCUGCUCCGAGCCGCAGCCCGUGCCGGUCACGUUUCCGAGCGCUGGGAGCCACUUGGUGCUGCCGGGUACCCCGGCACAGGACGGGGUCUCCAUCAGCUUCCAAUUCCGGACGUGGAACCAGGCAGGGCUCCUGCUGUCCAGCUGGCCGCCUCGUGGCUCCACGGGCUUUCUGCUCACGCUCAGAGAUGGAGCCCUCAGACUGGGGCUGUCCCCACCUCCAGGACAAGCGAGGAGUGACGUCACUGCAGGUGCUGGACUGAAUGAUGGGCAGUGGCAUUCGGUCUCCCUGACAGCCCAGAGGAACCAGCUAAGUGUGGUGGUGGACCAGGCCGAGGCCUCAGUGGUUCACGCAGAGCUGCCUCUGGAGACCCACACAGGCAGUGCCUAUCACUUUGGAGGGUGCCUCCCUCCCAGCUCCGGGUCUGAAUGCGAGGCCUCGCCUGCUGGAUUCCAGGGGUGUCUGAGGCUCAUCUCCAUUAAUGCCCAAGAGGUGGAUCUGAUUUCAGUACAGCGGGGAGUGUUUGGGAACUCCAGCGGCCUGGACAUCGACUCCUGCGGCAUUCUGGACAGGUGCUUGCCCAACCACUGUGAGCACGGUGGCAGGUGCUCCCAGACCUGGACAGCCUUCUACUGCAACUGCACCAGCACGGGGUACACGGGCGCCACGUGCCACCACCCCCUCUACGAGCAGUCCUGCGAGGCAUAUAAGCACAGGGGCAAGUCCUCAGGGAGAUACUACAUCGACCCUGAUGGCAGCGGACCCCUGCAGCCCUUCCCCGCGUUCUGCAACAUGACAGACAUCCCGUGGACCGUCAUGCAGCACAAUGGCUCAGGCCUCACCAGGGUCAAGGGCGCAGACCAGGAGAACCUGCACCGGGCGGUGUUCCAGUACGAGGCCAGCCUGGAGCACCUGCUGGCCGCCAUCGCCCGCGCCGGGCAUUGCCAGCAGCAGCUGGAGUUCCACUGCAGGAGGUCUCGGCUCCGGGACUCACGAGAUGGAACCCCUCUGAGCUGGUGGGUUGGAAGCACCCAUGAGAUACGCACUUACUGGGCAGGUUCCGUGCCCGAGGCCCAGAUGUGUGCUUGCGGAUUAGCGGGGAACUGCGUUGACUCCCAGUACCACUGCAACUGCUACGCAGACCAGGAUGAAUGGACCAACGACACAGGUGUGCUGUCCUAUAAGGAGCACCUGCCCGUGACACGCAUCGUGGUCACAGACACAGCCCGCCCGAGCUCUGCUGUAGCCUACAAACUGGGGCCUCUGCUGUGCCAAGGGGACCGAUCCUUCUGGAACUCCGCUUCCUUCCACACAGAAACUUCAUACCUUCACUUCCCCACUUUACAUGCAGAGCUCAGCGCCGACGUGUCCUUCUUUUUCAAGACGAGAGCUUCAUCUGGGGUGUUCUUAGAGAACCUGGGGAUCACAGACUUCAUCAGCCUGGAGCUACGUUCCCCAGUGGAAGUGGCCUUUUCCUUCGAUGUGGGGAACGGGCCCUGCGAGGUCACAGUGCAGGCGCCCGCCCCCCUCAAUGACGACCGGUGGCACCUGGUCCGGGCUGAAAGGAACGCAAAGGAGGCCUGGCUACAGGUGGACCUGCUCCCGCCCGGGACACAUGCAGCCCCUGAGGAUGGGCACGUGCGCCUGCAGCUCAACAGCCAGCUAUUUGUGGGAGGCACGGCCACCAAACAGAGAGGCUUCCAGGGGUGCAUCCGGUCCUUGCAGCUGAAUGGGAAGGCGCUGGACCUGGAGGAGAGGGCACAGGUCACCCCGGGGGUGGAGCCCGGCUGUCCGGGCCACUGCAGCACCUACGGGAGUCUGUGCCACCACGGAGGGCGCUGCCAGGAGAGGCCCCGGGGGUUCUCCUGUGACUGCGAGCUCUCCGCUUUCUCAGGGCCCUUCUGCACGCAGGAGAUUUCUGCACACUUUGGAGCUGGGUCCUCAGUGACUUACAAUUUUCAUGAAUUUUAUCCGUUAAGUACAAACUCCAGCCCCCAUGCUGCUUCAUUUCAUGGGGACAUGGUUUUAGCUAGAGAGAUGAUCACAUUCAGUUUCCAAACACUGCAAACCCCGAGCUUGCUGCUCUACGUGGACUCCUUCUACAAUGAAUACCUCUCUGUUAUCCUGGCCAAAAAUGGUAGUUUGCAGAUUAGGUACAAGUUAGAUCUACAUCAGGAUCCUGAUGUCUUUAACUUUAACUUCAAGAAUAUGGCAGAUGGGCACCUUCACCACAUGAAGAUCAACAGAGAGGAAGGAGUGGUCUUCGUAGAGGUGGACCAGAAAGCCCGGAGCCAAGUGAGCCUGUCGUCUGGCACAGAAUUCAACGCUGUCAAAUCCCUCAUGCUGGGCAAGAUCUUAGAGCCCGGCGGCCACGUGGAUGAAGACACCAAGCAGGCUGGCGCUCGAGGCUUCUCCGGCUGCCUCUCCGCCCUGCAGUUCGAGCGCGCGGCCCCGCUGAAGGCUGCGCUGCAUCCCGGGCGCUCCGGGCGCGCCUCGGUGCAGGGGCCGGUGGCCUCGUCCGAAUGUGGGGCCGGCCCAGGAGGCGGCGCGGCGCGAGAGCAGACGCACGCGAGAGCAGAACGUCCUGGAGUGGUGGAGGAGGGGAGACCCAUGGCUGGCGAGACCCACGGACGCUCGGCACUGAUUGGAGGCGUGGUAGCCGUGGCCAUAUUCGUCCUGCUCUGCGUCACUGCCGUGGCCAUCCGCCUGUACCGGCAGAGGAGCUCGUACCCAACCACGGAGCUGGACGGACCCGGGAAGCAGGGCAGCUCCAUGGCCGUGCCCAGAUGUGAGCUUGGCGGGCCAGACGCCGUGGGUGGGGACCAGCAGUCUCCACAAUUCCGGUACCGUCUCGUCCGUGUUGGUUCUGAUGCCAUCGUGUUUGGUGGACUGGAGUCAGCUCCCUAG